AUGUCAAAGGCGCAUGAUACACCUUCCUUUUUCUACUGCCUUGAAUUCUCUACCGAUUUCAUUUGUGUUUGGUGGUGGGUAUAUCACCCAGACACCAGCAUACUGGAAGACGCACAGGUUCCUGACGACGAUGAAAUCAGUCCCUCUGUAUUAAAGGAGGAGGUGGAAAAGGCAAUCCUCAGCUUGAAACCAGGAAAGUCUCCAGGAAUGGACAACGUCCCCACCGAGCUGUUGAAGUGUGGAGGAGAAGCUACAACAAAGGCCCUCACAAAACUCUGUCAGAGGAUAUGGGAGAAGAAAAGAUGGCCAAGAGAAUGGACUCAAUCCCUAAUCAUUCCAUUACCAAAGAAGGACAACCUAAGACAAUGCCAGAACUAUCGGACAAUAAGGCUCAUCAGUCACCAUAGCAAAGUCAUGCUCAGAGUCAUCCUAACCGACUGA